GAGACACAGCAGAGUGUUCCCUGUGUUCAGUGCUGAUGGGUGGAUGUUAAAGACAUCUCUCUCUAAAUCAAUGUGUCACUCAAAGUGAAGAGUUAACAGAGAGCAGUCGGAGGAUCCUUUGGGCAGAGACUCCAGCAGGACAUGCAGACACACGCUGACCACGGACAGAAACUAAACCGCACUUAAAGAACAGUUUGCAACAGGACACAAAAUGAGACUGUCACCCAUCAUCCUAUGACAGGAGACACGCCGAGGGACGGACAAGAAGAAAGAGGGACAGAAAGGACGGGUGGAUCUGUGAUGACUUUCACUUCAGGGACAACACCAUCCAACCUUCCUGGAGAGAGAUUGUAAGGAUAAAGCAGAGAAGAAGAGAGAAAGAGCCGGGAACAUCAGCACACCAUCCUGCACAAAGACGCAUCUCAGACAGCCAUGACCGUCCUCACUUUGAAGCGCUUUCUUCUGGCCCUGCUGACCAUCACCCUGUCCAGACCCGACUCUGCUUCGCUUGGGUUCGCCGAGGAGUUCGAAAGCAGAGACGACAUACUCGAAAGCGAGUUCAUGUUCGCCAGUCGUCCCAAACGCUCCGCCGACCCUCCCAGCGCCUCGGACCCUGACAAAUGCUCCUACACCUUCAUCGUUCCUCAGCGCAAAACCACGGGCGCCAUCUGCGUGAACUCUAAAGAGCCGGAAGCCCUGCUGGAGAACCGCGUGAACAAACAGGAGCUGGAGCUGCUGAACGGAGAGCUGCACAAGCAGCGGCGGCAGAUCGAGACGCUGCAGCAGCUGGUGGAGGUGGACGGCGGCGUGGUCAACGAGGUCAAGCUGCUUCGCAAGGAGUCACGCAACAUGAACGCCCGGGUCACGCAGCUCUACAUGCAGCUGCUGCACGAGAUCAUCCGCAAGAGAGACAAUGCGCUGGAGGUUUCUCAGCUGGAGAACCGUGUGUUGAAUCACACGUCAGAGAUGCAGCAGUUAACCACACGUUACCGGGAUCUAGAGCACAAAUACCAGCACCUUGCAUCGCUUGCGAGCAAUCAAAGCGCGCUUAUAGUACAGCUAGAAGAGCAAUGCAGGAGAGGAGGCUUUGUUGGUGGAGGUUUUGGUGUUGGUGGAAGUGCAGCUGGUGUUGUACGACAAACUCGACCUUACCAGCCACCUGCAAUCCUCCCGCAGCCUCCACAACAUCGCCAACCACCUCCACCUCCGGUCCCACAUUCCCCCGCCAGGCCUUUCCACCCACCGACCUACACCCGCCACAACAACCAGCUCACCAAUGAAAUCCAGAGCGACCAAAACAUCAAAGCAAUGCCACCGACUUUACCAACGGUGCCCCCUGAAACACACAGCUCCUCCACAGAUAAACCCUCAGGGCCGUUCAAAGACUGUUUACAGGCUCUAGAGGAAGGACACACCAACAGCGGCAUGUUUCUGGUGAAGCCGGAGAACACCAACAAACUGAUGCAGGUCUGGUGUGACCAGAGACACGACCCCGGCGGCUGGACCGUCAUACAGCGACGCAUGGACGGAUCGGUCAACUUCUUCCGAAACUGGGAGACGUACAAGCAAGGAUUUGGGAACAUCGAUGGAGAAUACUGGCUUGGUUUGGAGAACAUCUACUGGCUGACCAGCCAGGGUAACUACAAGCUGCUGGUGACGCUGGAGGACUGGUCCGGCAGGAAGACGUUCGCAGAAUACGCCAGUUUCCGGGUGGAGCCGGAGGCAGAUUUCUACAGGCUGCGGGUGGGCCGUUACCAUGGCAACGCUGGGGAUUCCCUCACCUGGCACAAUGGGAAACAGUUCACCACCCUGGACAGAGAUCACGACGUGUACACAGGAAACUGUGCCCACUAUCAAAAGGGUGGUUGGUGGUACAACGCCUGCGCCCACUCCAACCUGAACGGCGUGUGGUACCGCGGUGGACAUUACCGCAGCCGAUACCAGGAUGGAGUUUACUGGGCCGAGUUCCGCGGAGGAUCGUAUUCUCUGAAGAAGGUCACUAUGAUGAUCCGACCCAAUCCCAACACUUUCCAUUAGAACAUCAUGUGAAGGAAAACGCAAGUCUAAUGCGUUAACGCUAAAAACAUUGUAAGAAGUGCAAUUAUUUUUGUUAAUUAUUGAUUGUUUACUUUGUUUAGAGUCUUAUGAAUUCAUAAUAUGUGACCCUGGAGCACAAAACCAGUCUUAAGUCGCUGGUGUAUAUUUGUAGCAAUACCCGAAAAUACAUUGCAUGGGUCAAAAUGAUCAAUUUUUCUUUCAUGCCAUUAUGCAGCGCUAAGAACUUUAUUUUGACAAAUUUAAUAAAAAAAAAAAAAUUGUUUUUGUUUUUUUGCACACCCAGAUUUUCAAAUAGUUGUAUGUUAGUCGAAUACUAUCCUAUCCUAAUAAAUUAUAAAUCCAAAUACUAUCGUAUCCUUACUUAUUCAGCUUUUAGAUGAUGUAUAAAUUUAAAGGGGGGGUGAAAUGCUCGUUUUCACUCAAUACCCUGUUAAUCUUGAGUACAUAUAGAGUAGUACUGCAUCCUUCAUAACUCCAAAAAGUCUUUAUUUUUAUUAUAUUUAUAAGAGAAAGAUAGUCUGUACCGAUUUUUCCCGGAAAAACACGAGCGCCUGGAGGCGUGACGUGUGGGCGGAGCUAAAGAAUCACGAGCACGAGUAGGCUUUUGAGUUGAGAGCGUUUGGAAGCUGUGACACAGAUCCAGAGGCUGAAAUUGAACAAGAGCAGCAUCAGAAACGACGUCUCUAUGUGGUAUGUACUGAAACUGUAUAUAUUUGCUUAGCGGUUUUGGAAAAUGACUAAGUUCCACUUUAUGUCAUCUUUUUUUUUUUUUUUUUUUAAGCUGUACAUGUGGAAAGUGCAGUUUGAUGACAACAUCGCAUGUUGUUUACUUGAUGUGCUUACGCGCUGAUAGCUAAGUUAACAACACAGAGAUAUUUGAAUCAGUUUUACUCACCGCCUGCGGUUCCAACACACGAUCGUGACCCUUUUUAGUUGGGACUGCAUUAUCCUUAAGAAAUAAACGAUGUGCAAUCCGAAAUGCAGGGAACAAACACAAACACUUGCACAACUCCGUUGAUGCUCUGUAAAAAUAAACUCCAUCCACUGGUCCCUUAAUGCUGUUUCUCUUUUGGUAAUCUGUGCAGGGUUGUCUUGCCCUGGCAACCAAAAACACACUUCUUUUGUGACAUUUCGCGACGCUCUUGCUCUGAUCAGUGAAGUCUGUUGUGCUCUCAGUGCUCUGCUAUACGGGAGCACGCGCUCUUCCGGCAGAAGUGUUUCAGGACCCAUAUAAGGAAAUUCCGCUCCAUCUAAUGUCACACAGAGCCAUACUCUAAAAAAACUUUCCGAAACUUGUGACAAACCGGAAGAGGUUUUUUUGGAACAAAAAUACUCCUUCAAACGUACAACUUAAUAUUUGAAACUUUGUCCAUGUUUAGCAUGGGAAUCCAACUCUUUAACAGUGUAAAAAACUCAGUAUGCAUGAAAUAGCAUUUCACCCCCCCUUUAAAAAAAAUAAAUAAAUGACUGGUUUUGUGGUCCAGGGUCACACAUGCAAUGACUUCAUGAAGGAGACAUAACUCAUGUCUUCUUGGGAUUCUUCCGAAUGGUGUCCAGGCAUUGUGGACACUGAAGAAUAAGUGAAAAUACAAGAAAAACUACAGUCAGACAAACCUGGCAACUCAGGUUCCACAUGACAAGCUGAUUAGCAUCGAGUGUGUCCUUAAAAUGGGGAUUAGAGUUGACCUGAUCUUAACAGGCACCCGGUCACCUUAUUCUCGCUGUAAGAAGUCGAACCAUGAUAAACUGUUGUUCUGAGUACUUUAUUGCUAUAAAACAUGACCUGUUAUGUACCAAUGGAGGCAUAUAGAUUAUCAUUUGAUCUGGUAUAUCAUUGACUUCCAAUACAGGGUACGAUGCAAUUGGAAAUCUUAAAGGUAUUUCAAAAAUUACAUUUCUGUUGUCAUUUAGAGAUAAAUUUAGCCUGGUCAGCGUGAAUGCAUCCAUUUACUAGAUCAAACAUUAAUGAGAUGUGAACUGGUUAAAUGAUUACAUUUAAUGACCGAUGCAAAGCCUCUGAAAACUUCAAUGACUAGACUACAUUUAGUAGCACAAAUGCGAUGCUUCCUUUUCAUUUAGUUUGUUUUAGCAUUGACUUUCAAUAAAGGGUACAUUGCAAUUGUGCCUUGAAGUGGACUACAUAUGAUACAUUUCUGUCAACAUUUAGAGGUACUUUGUUUAUGCAUCUAUUUUGUAAUUUAAAAGACAUGGAUCGGUUAAACGAACCACAAAUGCAAGGCCUUUGCAAAAGUCACAAAUGCAAAACAUGUCUGUCUUGUGUAUUAUUGUCUACACUCUGUCAGAUUUCACUUCGGUUCUUUAGACUGAGUGCUGUUUUGAAACCAUUUGUAUAUAGAAAAUAUGAGUGAGUGUCUUUGUAAUGCAAAUUAUGAUUGUGUUGUGUACUUACAGAAUUCUCCAAUAAAUUAUGUACUGUACAGCUA